CAAAAUAAUUCGCAAACGUUGUAGCUACGUCGACAUUCACCCGACUCGUCGUACAAUUAUUGUUUUAAUUUUUUAAUUCAGAAUUUAAAAAAACAAUGGGUAGAAAGGUUUUCGUGGUGGGUGUGGGUAUGACCCCGUUCGUGAAGCCGAGCUCCGACCGCGAUUACCCAGAGAUGGGCAAGGAGGCGGUAGAGGGGGCCCUCCGCGACGCCAACCUGCCCUACGCCGACGUGCAGCAGGCCGUCUGCGGCUACGUGUUCGGCGACUCGUGCUGCGGCCAGCGCGUGCUCUACCAGGUCGGCAUGACCGGCAUCCCCAUAUACAACGUCAACAACAACUGUUCUACCGGCUCCAACGCACUCUUCCUGGCCAAGCAGCUCAUCGAGGGCGGUCUAUGCGACAUCGCCCUCGCAGUCGGCUUCGAAAAGAUGGCUCCGGGUCCGCUAGGAUCCGGACACUUCAAAGACCGCGCGGGUCCGCUGGACAGACACCUCGCAAAAAUGGGCGAGAUGGCUGAGCUCCAGGAUCUGCCGCACACGCCGCAAUACUUCGGCAACGCAGGCCUGGAGCACAUGCGCAAAUACGGCACCACUGAGCUUCACCUCGCUAAGAUCGCCGCCAAGAACCAUCGGCAUGGCACGCGCAACCCGCGCGCGCAGAGCAAGCGCGAGUAUACCGUCGAGGAGAUCCUAAACUCACGGCGUAUCUACGGGCCGCUGACGAAGCUCGAGUGCUGCCCGACGAGCGAUGGCGCCGGCGCGGCAGUGCUCAUGUCCGAAGAUGCUGUCAAGGCGCGCGGCCUGCAGGAUCGCGCGGUGGAGAUCAUCGGCAUGGAGAUGGCGACCGACACGCCGGCCGUCUUCCAGGAGAAGAGCUGCAUGAAGGUGGUGGGCUCGGACAUGACCGCGCUGGCCGCCAGCCGAAUCUACCAGAAGACCGGCGUCUCCCCCAAGGAAGUUGACGUGGUGGAGCUGCACGACUGCUUCGCUUCCAACGAGAUGAUAACAUACGAGGGACUUCAGCUGUGCGGCGAAGGGGAGGCGGGCAAGUUUAUUGACGCUGGGGACAACACGUACGGCGGGCGGGUGGUGGUCAACCCGAGCGGCGGCCUUAUUGCCAAGGGCCACCCGCUGGGCGCCACUGGGCUGGCGCAGUGCGCGGAGCUCGUUUGGCAGCUCCGGGGCGAGGCAGGACCUAGACAGGUACCUAAGGCGCGUAUCGGAUUGCAGCACAACCUGGGCGUAGGAGGCGCUGUCGUCAUCACCAUGUACAAAAAGGGAUUCCAAAACACGACCCCCAAUAAAGUCGCCGCCACAGAGAAUAUUCGAGAAGAUGUACAAUCUAAAUUAUAAAGCUUUAAAAAUGUUGACGUAUUAAAAAUGGUACAAUUUCUUUGAGAACUAAAAUAAAUUAAAGUUUAAA